UGCUCGCACUGGCCGCCGGCCGCGUGGACACGCGGAAGACACCGUGCCCGGUCCCGGGCUGUCGCCGGACGCCAGCCCGCCUAGACAGGCACUUGAGGCAGUACGCGGAGCUCUCGACCUCGGGAAGGAAAGAGGCUAUGGGGAGGGCGAAACGCCGGAAAGUAGCUCGGGAGUUGCAGUGGCUGCGGUCCACCCAGCCUGCAAUCCCUGUCGUGUCCCAGCUAGCAUCGUCCUCCGAGGGGGAGCGGGACUCGGAGGACCCAGAGGCCGGCCGCCCGUGCGCCGACCGCGGCUGCAGGCGCGCCACCGAGCGCAUACAGGCUCAGCUCACGGACCUGGGGAAACAGGUUACCAAGAUGCGGUCCACCCUGCUCCAGAUCACACGCCUCUACCGGGAGCUGAGGAAGGGAGAAGGGGGGAGAAGGAGGAGGAAGAGGGCGAGGAGAACCAGGUCGCCUCCUGCACCACCGGCUCCCGGGCGAGGCGCGGCCGGAGGUCCGACGCCCCCCGAGCCUCCGGAGGCUUUGGAACCCUACCCGUUCCCGGACCACGUCCCCGCGCUGAACCUUCUCUUGGGGGAGUUCGAAGGGUACCAACUGGGCAGCGAGCCCACCGCGCGCCUGCGGAACAACGUCACUUCGAAGCUGGGGAGAAUCAAAGCCUUCCUUGGUUACAUGGCCAGGGGCACCGCGGAGCCAGGGGACUUCCUUUUCCUCAACCAACCAGCCCGAAUCCGAGCGUGGGCCGCCCGGCUAGGUCAGACGCGCAUGGCCGAGCCCACCAGGCAGCACUACCUGAAGAACGUGGCUCAGUUCCUAGACUACCUCUCGGAGACGCCGCCGGCCGCCUGUCAGCUCUCCAGCACGGCUCUGGUUCUGAUUCGAAGGGAGGUCAGAGCCCUCAUCCGCGGCAUACGCCGGCGUGUCGUCGUGCACGAGGUAAGGACCAAGCAGGCGAAGGAAAGCCGACUGAUCCCCAAGGCCAGUCUGGUGCGCUGUCACCGGACCGCUGGGAGGAAAAUUCCCGCCCUGCUAGAUAGCCUCGAAUCCAACCCAAGCACUAGGCAACAGUGGCGCUUCUAUGGCUUUCUGACUGGCUACCUAACCUCCAUCUCUGGGCACCGCUGUGGAGUCUUCCAGAAUCUCACAAUCCAGGAGGUUGAAGAGGCCUCCAGAAGCCCCGACGAGUCUGCUUAUGUCAUUAACAUUACCACUCACAAAACAAACAGAGCCUUUGGGGCGGCUCAGCUGUCCCUAAACAGGGAGGAAUACAGCUGGUUCCGCAGGUUUUUGGCGCUGCGGGCUAGUCUCCCCGGAGGGAGCCAGGCUACCUAUUUCUUUUUCACUUCCAGAGCCAGUCCUUGUCGGACCCUGAACAAGUACUUUCAGUCUGCUUGGCUCAGUAUGGGCCUUCCAGGCAAACCCACCUUUACUGACGUACGCACUGCGAUCGCGACUCAUGCAAAGAAUGCACACUCUUCAGAGGAUCGCCGCAAGGUGGCGCAAUUCAUGUGCCAUGACACUUCAACCUCAGAUAAGUUCUACGCACUUCACCUCGGACCUCUCCAAGCACGCGAGCGCCGCAGACUCUUUGAAAGGGCCCUGGUGGAGGAGGAGGAGGAGGAGGAGGAUGGGGAGGCAGCGGGCACUGAAAGCCCCCCGCGGAAAGGGCGCAAGAGGACAGAGACUUCCGUCUCUCCCCUGGUAAAAAUCACAUUCUCUUUGGCGUGGACAGCAGAACGUAUGGCAUUGGCUAACUUCCCUUUAUGUGUCUCUUUUCCAGGAGGGAACCAGCAGGAGGACGCUGCCAUGGCGCCCUGCCAAAGGGAAAAGCCAGGGCGCUCGCCCGCUCGAACAAACAGAAGACUCUGAAU